AUGGAGGAUCGAGUAUUCGAUAGAAUCACUCAAAGAUUAGCGGCGAGUGUAGGAUCGAUCCAAAAUGAUCCGGAAAAGAAGUUCGGCAUCGAGAGGUUGAAAGCUUUAGGAGCCACGACGUUCGAUGGAACCACAGAUCCAUUAGAUGCUGAAAUCUGGUUGGGUUUGAUUGAGAAGUGUUUUAAAGUUAUGAGAUGCCCUGAGGACUGUAAGGUCGAGUUAGCGACAUUCUUGUUGCAAAAAGGGGUUGAAAAGUGGUGGAAAUUAGUUGAGACCGCUAUCCGAGUAGAGGGGAGUGUAACGAAGGAGGAUGAACUUCAACCAAGAGAAGGACAGUUUAGAGUGCUUGAAAAAACAAGAAGUGAAAAAUUUAGAUCCUCGUUCUCUGGACAGUCGAGGAUAAGGAGUUUUGGAGGCAUGAGCCAACAAAGUUUGAGUCGAAAGAAGUCCAGACCUGUAGCUAAACAAAGUGGUAGAUCAGUAUCAGGUCAUGCUAGUGAGUCGGUGGCUAGUACGGGGAGGAAACCACUUUGUGUAAACUGUGGUAAACCUCAUACAGGGGUAUGCUACGGUAAUAGGAAUGUGUGUUUUCAGUGCAGACAAGCUGGGCAUUUCAGAAGAGAUUUUCCUCAGCUAAGUCAUGGAACACAAAAUGAACAAAGACAAGGAACACAGAUGGUAAACCAACCUAGAACGACCGAAACUAUAGGUGAAGGAUCGAGUGUAGCUAAGCAGAAAGGGGUAGCUGGACGACCCCAAUAG